AUGGACGCCUGCUACGGCAAGAACAUCCACGGCUACAGCUGGGCGGAUGACGACGAGGAUGACUUCGAUAUGGAGGUUGUCCGGGCUGGGGCGAGCAGCUGUGGGUACUAUGGCAGCCCUGGCAGCUCGUUUGGUGACAUGGGCGACGACGACAAGGACGCUGAGGGUGACGACGAGGACGAGGAGCAGACAGCCACUGACGACGACUUCGACAACGCGCCGACGGUCGACGAGACAGACGCGCUGUUCCGCGAAGAGCUCGACAUCCCACCGCGCCCAGCUACCCCUGAGCCUACACUAAGGCGCGGCGGCUACAACCACGACGACGAAGACACAGACUCAGACUCGGACUCGGACGACGAAGACAACCACAACCUCCUACCCUCCCAUGUACCCCGAACCCACCCUCCCUCUUCCUCCACCCAGUCCCGCAAGAAGCUCCCCGGCCCCACCUCCUUCUACCUCCAAACCCCUUCCCACCAGACUACUACAUCCCUCCCGCCUUUCCGCCCAACACGGCGUACGAACUGGAUUGGGGCCGGGAGGGCAAGCCGGCGUACGAGGAGUUACUCUGGGAGGCUGGGGAAAGUAUACGCGGGGCUGGCGGAAGGUGAAGGAGGAGAGGGGGUGGCGUUCCAGGAGAUGAUGUAUGAAGAGAGGGAGGAGGAAGAUAUUUGGGAGGAUGAGGCUGGGGUGAUUGAGAAGUGGGAGGGGGAGAUGCAAGACAAGACAGAGGUGGAAGUGGAAUUGUCUGCUCAAGGUGGAUAUGAAGUAAAGGCCAACACUGGAGAGGAUUCUCCGGCUGGUUUGCGAGGAGAAAACGUGGUUCCUCUGGGGACGAAUGGGGUUUCUCGCAUCGAAGGCACCGACGACGACGGCGACCUGGUGGAGGACGUCAGUUCGUCUUCACUCGUAACGGAUACCAGGACCGCCGCGCCAUUCGAGAGCGCCAACGACACAUCAAAGGCUGAGAAGCGCGGCUCAGAUCACGACGACUCCGAGCACGACACAGGUCUUUUCUCAGACGAUGAAGACGCCACGCACUCCACGACACCGGAGACUUCAGUUAUUGUAUCGACUGAUGACGAACUUGAGGCGGUUGAAGAUUCCCGCUUCGUUAUCAAUGUACCUGAGAAUGAGCAGCGCAAGCAGGUCGAUGAGAGUAUGGAGGAGAUGCUCAAAGAGCUGAUUGAAGGGCUGGUCGACGAGGUGGUCGAUUCGCUUUCGGGAGCAGCGCCUUCGAUGGCUGGCGUAAUCGUGAAGGCGGAAGAAGAUUCCCCUGACGAAGUCGUUCCGCAUGUUGUGCCGGAACACCACCAGCAUGGAACGAGGGAAGAGAAGGCUUCGUCUCCAAAGGCAGCGCUUGUCGCCACGCACACCGCACACGUCAAAGGACUCAGGAAGCCUAUCUGGAAUGAACGCGCCGCGAUGAAGAUGAUUCGGCUGAACGAUGCGCCUGAGACGAUGGUGUGCGCAACGCCGCCGCAGGGUACGAACGGGGAAGAUGCCGGCCGUCGCCUCGAGACUCUCUACCGCAUCCGGCACGCGAGCAAGACGCACUGCCACCGCCUUGGUUCAGGCGUUCUGCAUGCCCUGGCGCGCCUACCUACGGUUCCACCGGCUUGA